ACAGCUGUGAGAGCACUUGGCGUCCAGCUGAGUACUUGUCGCCAGGUACUCGGCCACGUGCUCGAGCGUUCGCCUUGUCUCGACUUGAUGGCCCAGUAUAAAAGCAGGAAGGCGGCAGUGCAUCGCGCGUGCGUGUGUUCUUCGCUCCAGCCAGUUCAACGAUGUCUCUCGAAGCGUGCCUUGGACGACAGUACAAGCUCGAGAAGAGCGAAAAUUUUGAGGAGUUCCUGAAGGCUUUCGGUGUGGGCUACCUAAUCCGCAAGAUGGCGCAGGUGGUGAACCCGUACAUCGAACUGAAGCGGGACGGCGACACGUACACGCUGACGUCCAGCUCGUCAUUCAAGCACCGCGAGCUCAAGUUCCGGCUGGGCGAGGAGUUCGAGGAGGAGCGCCACGACGGGGCCCUCGUCAAGGCGGUCAUCACGCUGCAGGACGAGAGUACGCUUUUCCACCGCCAGAUGGCCGACGACGGCAAGAGCGCCACCGUCACCAGGCACUUCACGCCCGAGCAGGUCACCAUUACUAUGCAGCUCAAUGAUGUUAUUUGCAAGAAAAUAUACAAGGCAGUCUAGAAGCGCAAAGGUUGCCCUGGAGAACGGUGGGAUCAUAUUUUCUGCAAACAGCACAUUUGUUUGAAAAUAUUUGUAUUUAUUGUAUAAAAACAACACCCGAACUUUCAAUAAUAUUCUAAGAUGGUUUAAUCUUACGCCAGAAUGCUUUAACAUAAUAUGUUAACGGAAAACUUGUAAAUGUAAAAUGUGUCGUCUGUAUUUAACAGUGUAAUGAAGUAUCUGUAUGUAAUUUUGUAAUUAUCUCGAAUCCGGAUCGUAAAAUAUAU